CAAAGGGUAUACAGUUUGUGCAAUUAGCUGCCUGUGAAUUUAAUCGGUAUCUUUCUAUUUUGUUUCAUAAAUAGGUGGCAAACUGUUUGAAAAUGUUCAAAAACAGUGCUAAAGUGUUAACUCGAUUAUGCAGCUCAACAUAUAACAUCAGUAUACGGAAAUACCCGGCUCAUCCGAAACGCCAUUACCGCAAAACCGGCGUUGUCACCAGCAAUGGCAAGUUCGAAAUCACCCUGGACCAACGGAAGUUGAAAACCCCUAAAGGGGCUCCCUUCUUUGUGGAAAGUGAACCACUGGCCAUCGCCAUUGCGACAGAAUGGGACGCUCAAAAGGACAUUAUCGAUCGAUCCCGUAUGCAUCUGACGGCUCUCAGCAGCACCGUGAUUGACAACCCGAACAACCUAAAGAAAACGGACAUUGUCAACUAUCUGGUGAAUUACACCAGUACCGAUGCCAUUCUGUACCAGUCGAGUGAAGAGAAACGUCUCAAAGACCUACAAGUGGCUGAGUGGAACCCGGUGAUCGAAUGGUUCAACAAGCGUUACGAUGUAAAUCUGGAGCCAACAGAUGGUCUGGAGGUUCCAACCUUCGCUCCCGGCACGGUAAUGAACGUGAGUCGCUAUCUAUCAUCGUACAACGAAGCCGCUCUGCAGGGAUUCAUGUUCGCUGUUGACACACUGAAAUCCGUCAUUCUUACCUGUGCUUGUGUCGAUCGAUUCAUUACUCCCGAGAAAGCAGUCUUGCUGGCACGGUUAGAAGAGGAAUACCAACUGGGCCACUGGGGCCGCGUUGAAUGGGCUCACGAUAUCAGUAAAUUAGAUCUGCAAGCCCGGCUCUCGGCUGCGAUACUGUUUGUGUACUUCAAUUCGAGUAAUGCUUUUGUGAAACAGAAAAUGUCGAUCUAAAUAAACAAGCAGUAACG